AUGCUCACUGACACAUUUCUAUUUAAUUCCACCCGUUCUGGUCGUGUUGUCACAUCAUCAUCAGCCUACCUACUAUCCCCUUUUAAUAAUCCCUCUUUCUUCCGUCUUUCAUCUUGUACAUUUGUCCGUAUCUCAUCGCUCUUCGUCGUCUCUACUUACUAUUCUGUCGCUUCUGUUGUAUCAUCAUUCGCUUGUGCAGACUUUCCUCGAGCAUCCCUUCCGUUCGUUUUCGAUACCAUACCCAUUCCUGACCUCAUCACAUUGCAUCUCGACUACUUGUUUGUCGAUAGUGUACAUAAUUAUCCAUGGAUUUCUUGCGCUAGGGAGCUGAGCUGUUCUCUGGAGAGUUAUGUGACCUGUACCGUGAAACAUAUGCCUCUAAGAGCUGCCUCGUGA